AUGGCUACAGUGCAGUCCGAUAUCUUCAAGCCAACCAAAUUUGGUGGGAAAUACACAACGACACUCAUACCUGGCGAUGGUAUUGGUGCUGAGGUUGCUGAAUCCGUCAAGACUAUCUUCAAGGCCGAUAACGUACCGAUUGAGUGGGAGCAGAUCGACGUCACUGGAGUUGAGUCUGGAGAUAAGCAUUCUGAGGAGCUGUUCCGGGAGUCAAUCGCUUCCUUGAAGAGGAAUAAACUAGGUCUCAAAGGUAUCUUACACACUCCUGUCGAGAGGUCUGGCCACCAGUCUUUCAACGUUGCACUGCGACAAGAACUCGACAUCUAUGCGUCUAUUGUCCUCAUUAAAAACAUUCCUGGCUACAAAACUCGGCACGAUAAUGUGGAUCUGUGUAUAAUUCGAGAGAACACUGAAGGCGAAUACUCAGGUCUGGAGCAUCAAUCUGUUUCAGGUGUCGUCGAAUCUCUCAAAAUUAUCACAAGAGCGAAAUCGGAGCGGAUCGCCAAAUUCGCUUUCAGCUUCGCCCUUGCUAACCACAGGCAGAAGGUGACAUGCAUACACAAGGCGAACAUCAUGAAGCUUGCCGACGGUCUUUUCAGAGAUACAUUUCAUCAAGUUGCCCAGGAUUACCCAACGUUGACGGUCAAUGACAUGAUAGUCGACAACGCCUCAAUGCAGGCUGUUUCCAGACCUCAACAGUUUGAUGUCAUGGUUAUGCCAAAUCUUUACGGUGGCAUCCUAUCGAACGUAGGUGCUGCGCUUGUUGGAGGCCCAGGUAUUGUGCCGGGCUGCAACAUGGGUCGUGACGUCGCAGUAUUCGAGCCAGGAUGUCGACAUGUUGGCCUGGAUAUCAAGGGGAAGGAUCAGGCUAAUCCUACAGCGAUGCUCUUGUCCGGUUCAAUGCUUCUUCGCCAUCUAGGCCUUGAUGAACACGCGAAUCGUAUAUCGAAAGCCGUCUAUGACGUGAUCAAAGAAGGCAAAACGAGAACUCGAGACAUGGGUGGCAACAGCACCACCCACGAUUUCACAAGGUCUGUCCUGGACCAAAUGGAAACGGCCUGA